AUGUCCAUCAACUACUCUGCCCAUCCCCACAUUGUCAACGGCGUCUUUUCCCUUGCCGACCGGCCGUCGCUGAUCGCCUGGCGAGCCGUGGCCGACGAGUUUGCCGACCAAGCCGACCCCGUCCUGGUGGGCCAUGUCACUUCGACACUCACCGAUCGCAAGGCAGAUGAGACCCCGACAGUUGUCGCCGCUUUUGGCUGCAACGACCUCCGCCUGCAGUGGAUGCCCCAUGGCGAUGAUCCCUUCGACUCGGACUAUGAGCCCUCGUCAGACGGCGAGGGUGGAAUCAGUGAGAUUGAUUCAGAGUUCGAGGAUAGCGACGACGCCAUGAGCGUCGAUGAAGAUGACGAGCUCUCGGAGGCGGCACAAGCUCGUCACGACUUCAAGGUCAAGACUGCGAUUGAAAUCGAUGCCGGCUUGCGUCUCCUGGAGCACGCGCGGGUCCUCGACAUCCACGGAUACGGCGGCAUGCGAUACGAGGAGUUUGAAACGGCACUGCAAGGCCCUCUCAGCGCUGUCGAGACGCUCCGGGUCUUCGACACGUCUCAACUCACACUGUACACGCGUGCACCCCACACAAUCGUCUUCUUCAAGCCGAUACCCUCGUAUGUCAACCCGCGGACUCACAAACUCGUUUACCACUAUACUGGUACAGUAGACGAUAUCAAGACGGCACUUCUGCCAGAUUGGGAGCCCACCCGUCCGAGUCGAGGACAUGUCGAAGCACCGAUCGGUUUUCUGUUCAUGCUCAUCCAAGGCCCUAGCCCAGGGGAGGUGUGGAAGGGUGGGUAUAGGACGUCAGAGAAGCCCAUUAUUGAGGCGGCCAUCGAACUGGACGCUACGUACAACGGUCCAUCAGAGCUGUACCGGUACUCUCGAACGUUUGUUGGGGGUCGAAAGCUGGUCCUAUCAACACUUGGCCUUCCACCCGAUGCAACGUCGGCCGACAUUGCAGCAGCCACCAGCGCAGCUGGCGCUCCCAAUGUGAAGUUCCUCACACCCGAGGAGUACGAGGCAGAGAUCGGGCCAGAGCAGUUUGCCUUCGAGACCCAGGCGGAUCCAUACAAUGGCCCUAGGGUAGUCUUUCACGAGUAA